GAACUCACUACCUCGUUGGUCAAGGGCCGGGUAGUCCCAAGCCUUACUCAACCACCAUUAUAAAUGCCAUGUAAUAAUGAAACCAACGUGUAUGGUUUUUAAUGUGAUGAUGGCAAUGUCACGCGAUGAAGCCUUGAAUUACAUCUCCAGCAAUCUCAAUAUUCCUGAUGCUGCAAACUUGCUCAACGUCCGUGGUUUGCAUCUUUUGAACAAAAUAUUAACGUCGUUUCACGCGAGAGUUCCCAUUCAAACCAUCACUCUCCACGCAGUGCCAAUGAAAUGGAGACAUCGGCCAAAUUGGGUAACUGUGAAAGAGAAUGUCUGUUGUGGUGUAGGAGGCUUGUGUUAUGAACUGAAUAUCUUCAUGUUUGCACUCCUCUCUGCGCUAGGAUUCGAUGUCUAUUUAACGAAAUCAUCCGUCUCUCAGCCACACAACCAUGUGGUCAUCAUCGCACGAAAUGUCGCCAGUCCCGGAGAUCUCUUCCUUGUGGAUGCCGGUUGUGGUUUCCCGACAUUCCAAGCGGUCGAUUUGAACUUUGACCUGGAAUCUGCUGAAUAUUGCCAGUCAUUCUUGUGCUAUAAAUUGGUGAAGCAAUCCAACGGGAAAGUGCUGCGUUUACAUAAAAGACACUCCUUAGUAAAGUCUUUAGAACCAAAUGAUGCCAAGUCUGAGUGGAAACGAUAUUAUGAUUUUGAACUAAAACCUUUCUCCAUUGAAGAGAUAGACGAAGAAUUUGACCGGGUAUUCGAAACUUACACGGCCACAACAUCCCAUGCCAUUUUUAGAUGCACAAUGUUUCCGGGUCAACGUGCUUGCGCAAUUCGCAACAAGGUUGUUUUAGUAGAAAAUGAUACCAAAGAACUGGAUGGUACUGAGUACGAAACUUCGGCUGAUUUAGUCAAUGCUGUCUGUGGUCAUUUCCCAGUUUUCCAGGAAUAUCGAGCAUUAGUAUCUAAGGCGGUUAACACGUUGGGGUUGUUUAACAAAUCAGUUUAAAAUUCCCUCAUAGAAUUCAAUGGAUUUCGUUGUACGUUUUUUAACGCCAUACUAAAGAACUUUUCACUUAAACGACUGUGGUCAGUUUUAUUGUUGGAGGAAACCGGAGUCCCCAGAUAGAUUGCUGGGCCAAGGAUCUCGCCGCGUUCUUAGAGUCAUAACUUUAAUCAUUAAAUUUGAUUUGUCCCUUUCCGUUACUUUAACUGAAAUAGUAGUACAAUAACUUACCCAGGUCUUUCGUUGUCGAGCAAUAUUUUGACCUUGUUACAUCAGAAAUAACAAUUUUAAAGUGAUUUGAAAUUUUGAAUCAAGUCUAAGAUGGCUUCGUGAGCCCGGGGCCUGCGCUUCGGCGAACUACUCCCAUGUCACUUUCAGAUGUGCACACUGUACUGGUGCAAGACAACUGGGGCUUAUUACACAAAACCAUUUCUGACUUAAGUCAACAUUUGAGAUUGGACUUCAAAGCCUAAUUUUCGGGACGAUAAAUAUUAAACUUUUACCACCUCGUUAAUGAUAACCCUAAAGUGUCAAACUUCAAACUUGCAAUACAAAAUUCUAAGCACUGUAAUGAAAUGUUUAAUUUUGACUUAAGUCAAAUAUAUUUUUAUGGAAUCGGCCCCUUGUCCGUUAGAUUGCGUAAACUGCGACAGGAGCGUUGUCAUCCGUUUAUUGUCACCGUGUUCCCAGAGAACAUUAAGUGCAGAGGAAACUAUGAAGUCCUUGUCCACGUCGUGCUUCCACUGUAACCGUACUAAAUUAACUAUCCAUUUGUCAGUGUUUAUUUAUUUAUUUGAUUGGUGUUUUACGCCGUACUCAAGAAUAUUUCACUUAUACGACGGCGGUCAGCAUUAUGGUGGGUGGAAACCGGGCAUUUGUCAAUGUAUAUCUGCUACAAUUUACAUUAGAACGCGAGGAUGCAUCAGACCGUGCCAUUGUCGGCUACCAGAACCGCUACUCGCAGUACGUGUAGGCCUAACUGUGGAUACCG